GAGUGCAUAAUGAAGGCAUUCAAGGAAGUCCUGACCAAGAAUUUCUUGAGGGCGAUCUGCGGGGAGUUCCUGGCAACCAUGCUCUUCCUCCUGCUCAGCUUGGGCUCCACUGUCAACUGGGCGGAUUCCAAGGACGAGCCGCAGGCCUCCACCCGCGUCCUGAUCUCGCUCUGCUUCGGGCUGAGCGUCGCCACCAUGGUGCAGGGCUUCAGUCACAUCAGCGGCGCUCACAUCAACCCCGCUGUGACCGUGGCCAUGGUCUUCACCCGGAAGGUCAACCUGGUCAAGACAUUCUUCUACCUGCUCGCCCAGUGCCUCGGAGCUGUAGCGGGCACCGCCAUCCUCUACGUGGUGACGCCCAAGACAGUGAGGGGUCACUUUGGAGUGACUGCGAUCAGCUCCGACCUCACACUGAUCCAGGCCUUCAUAGUGGAGAUGAUGAUAACGCUCCAGCUGGUCUUCACUGUGUUCGCCACCUGUGACCCCAAACGGGGCGACCUCAAGGGCUCCGCUGCUCUGGCCAUCGGCUUUUCUGUAUGCGUCGGCCACCUGUUUGCGAUCCAGUACACUGGAGCCAGUAUGAACCCCGCUCGCUCCCUUGGACCUGCAUUUAUCACCUGGAAUUGGGUGGACCACUGGGUGUACUGGGUGGGUCCCAUUGUAGGCGGAAUCAUUGCCGGCAUACUCUACAAGUACCUCUGCCUUGCCAACCUGGACCUGAAGAAAUACAUGAGGCAAGCCUUCUCCAAGGACACCUCCGAGAAACACCACAAGGAGGAGGAGGCGGACUGUCACCACAUAAUCGACGUGGAGAAGGUCGAGAGCAUUGAGCCAGACGCAUUCCUGAUUUUAGAUACAGAGAAGCCAGAGCUCUGUGAAAGGGAGACUUUCAAUGCUAUUGACGUGAAGGGGGACAGAAAAAAGGAUGCAGCUUGCCACUGCGCCAUACACAUGGAGGAGGCUGAGAAGAAGCCUGAGAGGAAGGACUCAUCUGAUUGUCCUCAGUAUGAACUCAAAUUAAAGUUCUAG